UUUGGGCGGGUGUUGUGCUGGCUCUGUCAGCCGAGCAUGGCCCCGGCUGCAGGACAACCCCGCUGGCGCCGCCGUCCUGCCGGGGCCGGAGUUGGGGGGAUGUCCUUGGCCUUCCCUGUGGGCCGGAGGCAAAUCCCCUCCCUGUCCUUCUUGCUUCCUGCCCCAGGCCCCGAGCUGAGGACGGAGAGCCCGGAGGACAAAUCCCCCUGUGAGACCCUGGUGGGAGAGGCCGUUUUGAAGGGUUCCACGGCACAGGAAGGCAGAGGGGAGGGAAAGGGCCGGAGAUCCCCCCGCAGGAGGGGCUCCAAAGCCAGCCCAGGGUGCUCUGAGAAGGAAAGACCCAGCCUGUGCCAGGAAGGCGACCGGAGCUUGAGGCGGAGCUCUGACCUGGUGGUCCCUGAACAACCUCCCAGCAGGGAAAGGCCCUUCAAGUGCUUGGAAUGUGGGAAGAGCUUCAGGCAGAGCUCCAGCCUCCUCACCCACCAGCACAUCCACUCUGGGGAACGGCCCUACACUUGUGGGGAAUGUGGGAAGAGCUUCAGUGACAGGUCCACUCUCCACACCCACCAGCGCAUCCACACUGGGGAACGGCCCUACACGUGUGAGGAAUGUGGGAAGAGCUUCGGGAACAGCUCCCACCUCCGCACCCACCAGCGCAUUCACACUGAGGAACGGCCUUACACGUGUGGGGAAUGUGGGAAGAGUUUCAGGCACAGCUCCACCCUUCGCACCCACCAGCGCAUCCACACCGGGGAACUGCCCUACAAGUGUGGGGAAUGUGGGAAGAGUUUCAACCAGAGCUCUGGCCUCCGCACCCACCGGCGCAUCCACACCAGGGAGAGGCCCUACAAGUGUGGGGAAUGUGGGAAGAGCUUCAGCCAAAGCUCUGGCCUCUACACCCACCAGCGCAUCCACACUGGGGAACAGCCCUACAAGUGCUCAGAAUGUGGGAAGAGGUUUAAAAUCAGCGCACAUCUCCUCCAGCAUGAGCGGACACACACUGAUGAGAGGCCCUUCCGCUGCACUGACUGCGGGAAGGGCUUCAGGCAGAACUCCACCCUUAUCUCCCACCGGCACAUCCACACUGGAGAGAGGCCCUACAAGUGUGGGGAGUGUGGGAAAAGCUUCACCCACAGCUCCAACCUCCGCAUCCACCAGCGCAUCCACACCAGGGAACGGCCAUACAAGUGUGGGGAGUGUGGGAAGAGGUUUCAGACUAGCUCAGAUCUCCUUGUGCAUGAACGGACACACACCGAUGAGAGGCCCUUCCGCUGCACCGACUGCGGGAAGGGCUUCAGCCAGAACUCCCACCUUGUCACCCACCAGCGCAUCCACACCGGGGAAAGGCCCUACAAGUGUGAGGAGUGUGGGAAGAGUUUCGCCCAGAGUGGACACUUGACCAAACACCAACGGACCCACCAGUAAGUGAAGCCCUAUCAGUGCCCCGACUGCGGGAAGAGCUUCGGCCGCUGCUUCCACCCCGAAUGAAGCCCCUGAUGCUAAGGCAACCCCUGGAGCCCAGUUACUGUCAGUCCAUCCCUUUCGACCACAAAGGGCCAGUCCCCUUUCCCAGGGGCAGCUUCUUCCAACAGAACCCUUCUUGGGGGUUGUGUGGAAAUUCCUGCCUUUCCAGGGUCCUGGAAAUUCCUGGGGACCCCCCAAGGUCACUCCUGGAGGUUGAGAGCAGAGAUCUCCCCACCAACGCUGGUCUGGGGGAGUUCCAUUCAUCUCUAAUUAAGAAUUAUUGCUUUUGUGCCGGCUUUAGUAGAAUUGCUUCAACAAUUGCUUUAGUGUAGAGCACUAUCCUAUCUUAUCCUGUACUCUUGGUAGUUUUGGUGUUUCUGUUGUGCAGUAAAUAAUUCUGAUUAAGAUCUUUUCUCUCAUCACUUAUAACUGAUGCCUUAAGCCUCUAUUAGCUUUUAUUUUUCUAAUUUUUGUAAGCCUUAUAAGUUUUAUAAGUAGUAGAAGUAGAUUUUAAAAGCAGCAGCCCUCACUCCCUUUCCCUGUAGUACAAGUAGUUUACACAUUCCUUAGCCCUCUUACCCCAUUCUAUGCUCCCCAUAUCAAAUAUACCCCUGAAUUCAGUGGCAGUGUUUAGUCUCUUAUCAAGGCAAGGCCUAUGCUGUUUAGAGAACACCCAUAUCAGGGCCUGAAUAACAAAACAGAGUCAAGAACUAGGUGACUAUGUACCCCUUGUGCUCUGAAGAUGGUGAAGAUGAUGAAGGAAAGGCCCCCAGACCCAAUUCUCAGGGGGUGGACCUGGGGCAGAUCAGAGCAAAGGCUACAGGGUGGACAUACUUGGGAUUGGACGGAUGGUGUUAUAAAAUCUAACAUCUCGGGCACAGAGGCGCACGGGUCUUGUAACACCUAUUGCCUUGGCACAAUUAAACCCUUUCCUUAUCUCACCCCUAAUUAACUGCUCCUGAGUUAUUUUUUAGCAUCAACAUUUCACGGCAUCA